AUGAUGUUAGUUGUUUGGUCAUGGAUGAUUCAUUUGCUUGGUGUAAAGUGUGAUGAAGAUGCAAAUUACCAGAAACUCAAGGCUGAAUACGAUAAGUUAAAAACUGUUGAUAUAAUGAGUCCCUCAAAGAAAUAUCGUGAUAAAUUGGUAAUAUUCCCUGAUGUCAACUGGAAUGCCAAAAUUGAUAAAAUUGAGUUGACAGAGAUAAAUAGUACUGAUAAUACUAUAAAAACGGUUGAUGAGUUAAUAACAAAUGCUUCUCUGAUAGACAUAAUAAAAAAUAGAGCUAUCGAGUUUCUGACAACUAGCUCGUAUCAAGAGAACUCAAGCAAGGAUGACAUCGUGAAGUUCUUUAGUACUGACAGUUGUACUGUAGAGGAAUUCGAGGCAGCAAUAAAGCAACUAAAGGCAUGGAUAAAAGGAAUAGAAGAAGAAAGUGUAAUAGUACGAUUUAUACGGGAAGAAGCAGCAAAGGCAACAAUCAGAUUGGGAAAGGAUUGCAAGUUAACAGCAGAAAAAAAGAAGAAAAAACUGAAAAAACAUUUCCGGCAACUACCGUAUUUAAAGAGAUUUCAUGAUGGAAUUGGUAACGGUGAUGCCACUACUUAUAUGUAUAUGACAUUUACAACUGGGAACAAAACGAUGAAGUCGGAGAUAAUAACAAUAACAAAAAAGAAAGGGAAAAUACAAACAAUACAUGACCUGGAAGAGUAUGAGAUGAAAAUAACACCAAAGAAAAAAACAUCAAAGAAGAAAGAAACAUCAAAGAAGAAAGAAACACCAAAGAAAGAAAUAUCAAAAAAGAAAGAAACAUCAAAGAAGACCAAAAUAUUAGUGGCUAUCAUAUUGGUUGUUGUGGGUGUAGCGAUAUUAUCAAUAGGAACAUUAAUAUUAAUAAAGAAAAGGAAAAACACAGAAGAAACAUUGGACCUUUGA